CUGUCAGACAAACGUCGAGAGAAUGAAUCGCCGCGAAUCCCCGAAGCAGUCAUACGUUGAGAAGUCCAAGUACAGACAGGAGUUGAGCAAACAAAGUGGACGUGAGCUGUGAUAUUAAAUCUUUACGUUAAAAAUUCGUGAUAUAUUAACGUGAAGAAUAAAAUACUAGUGAUACAACAAAAAUAAACUCAUAACGAGAACAAAGCUCAAGAAGUGGUGGAAAAAACGGGACAGCAACGACGACCACGGAGCAUCACGGUGGGCCGAGACGCUGGAACGGACUACAGGAGGCAACGCGCAGCGGUGGCGAACCGCUGACAGCAGCAGCCUGUCGGCCGUCCUACGUACGACGAAAAAAUGGUCAUGAUGGCUGGCAUGGACGAACACGAGAGAAAAGUAGUUAUGGAAUUUUGUCAUCUGCUCGAAAAGAGCAAGCAGCUGUUCAACGGGCUGCGUGACCUACCCCAGUAUGGCCAUAAGCAGUGGCAAGCUUAUUUUGGCAGGACCUUCGACAUCUACACUAAGCUCUGGAAGUUCCAGCAACAGCAUAGGGCAAUACUGGAUACAAAAUAUGGUUUAAAAAGAUGGCAAAUUGGUGAAAUAGCAAGUAAAAUUGGUCAACUAUAUUAUCACUAUUAUCUUCGGACUAGUGAAACAUCUUAUCUUCAUGAAGCAUACUCUUUUUAUGCUGCUAUAAGAGGCCGUGCGUAUUACAGUCGUGCUGCCAAGGAGGAUCGUAGCGAUUUGAUGGUGAAAAAACUACGUUAUUAUGCUCGUUUUAUCGUUGUCUGUUUACUUUUAAAUAAAAUGAAGCUCGUGCGUGAGUUGGUUCAAGAAUUAGAUGCUCAGAUAGCUGAUUACGCUAGCACGUAUGAACCUGAGGAUCAGGUCGAAUGGAACCUAGUUCUCGACGAGAUUAAAAGUUUUGUAAAAGCUGAAUCUGCUGUUGGUGUACUUUAUGCCGACUCAAAUCCAGUUAUCUUAACUCAUCGCCUUGGUCCACUCACAUCACCGCCGAUCGAGCGAUCGUCACCCAUGUGCCUCACUCUUCAGGAGAUUCUCAUUGUCGGAAAUUGUGCUGAUCAGGUUAAAUUCAGUGAACUAUCGGUCGAUAUGUUUAGGAUGAUACAAACCCUUGAGCGAGAGCCACGCGAUGAUCCUACGCACAUACACGAUGCAUCGCCUGCUGGAAGAUUACCAUUUAGACCUGGACCUUAUCCACCUGAAAAUGGUAUGCCUCGACGCGAUAAUCCACACAAGUACCUGCUUUACAAGCCGACCUACAGCCAGGUUCAGGUAUUCCUGGCAAGUGGAUUCAAAGAACUACCUGCCAAUGGCGCGCUACUUCUCUAUCUAUCAGCUGAUGGAUGUUUUUCAACUGUCAAACAUCCAGAAGAGAUGGGUUACGACUUGGGAGGUGUGUCAACGAGCAGCAAACGCGAUCCAGAGCACGGAAAGAGGCCUAGCGGUGGUAAAGAACCCCACUGUCUCUAUCCAGGCGAUCUUUACCCUUUCACCAGGAAGCCUCUCUUCGUGGUCGUCGAUUCGGACAAUAGCUACGUGUUCCAGCAAAUACCGAGAUACUUCGGUCAACCUCUUAUGGUGCUCAUGUCACCUCAGGAGACACCGCCAAACCUCAGGGACCUGCGUCAUGGCGGAAGCCUCUUUACUCUCUUUCUCCACUCCCCACUUGCCGCCUUUUGCCUUAUAUGCAACAUCGGUAGCCUUGCCGUGCAUCAUUGGGAACGCUGCCAAAGCUACGUGGAACGAUUCCUCAUCGAGGCAAGCCGUCUUGUCAUUCGUUCCAGAUGUGAAAGCAGCAUUCUUCAAUUUUUUGGCGACGACUUUUUGCGGUUACUCGUCGUACGCUAUGUGUUCUGCGACGUAGUGCUACAUCUGCAUCGUUCAUUUCGUGGUCGGCAUCAACGACCAUGCUGCCAUCCACCUUUACCAGAGGCAGAAGUUCUUCAGCAUCCAACCCUACACCACAUCGUGCUCGAUCUUGCAGCGUGCAUAGACGCACGUGAUCACUUUUUGGACAACGAGCUCGCCUGACCCUGGCAUCCAUCUCGGCUGGAUCGUGAAUGCGAUACAACAUCUCCGUUGUUCACUUAUCACAAUUACGACUACGAUUACGACAAUUACAAUUACAAUAAAACCGUUACAUUGAGACCUCAUUAAACCGCGUCUCGCACUUGUUUAUCUGUAUGAAAAAACUCUAAAUCUUUCUUUUUUCACUCUUACUAUACUUGUUACAACUUUUAUUGUCUUAUUUCCUUCCACAUGUUCUUCAGAUACUCUCAAAGAAAAAGUUUUUAUACUUGAAUACACGUUGAUAGAAUAAUAGGAUAAAACGAUGACUAUUUUUCGAAGAGUAUCGCUUGGUAUUUAUUGAAAAACUAAUUUAUUAAAAACUUCAAAUUGAAAAUAAUACAAUGAAACAGUCGAUCGAUGCUAACAGUCCUAGAAGAAAUUACCUUAAUAUCCAACUACCUUUUUGGUAUCCUUUAAAAAAAACUCUGCUUUCAAACAUUCUCUCACUCUUUAGUUGCCCCUUUCUACCCUGUUUUAUCUCUUGAUUUAAUUUACUUUUUACAUUAAGCGAAUAGCCUAAGAAAUAAGCGACUAUCAUGAGAUGGCUUGGUACGUCGACCUUAGUUCAGGAAUCUGUCGAAUCAAAAGUUGGCUCUGCUGGCAUUAGCGCAAGAAUUGCUGUUGAAUUGCGUCGGUCGAUGCACGAGUUAGAGAAAGGUAGAAUGAGUAAAAAAAGGAAUUAGGAAGAGAAAGAUGCUGCAUGCAGACAGGAACGUCGAGAUGCGCCAGCGCACUCACCUCCACUAACAAAGCAUCAUUGCAUUGAAUUCGUAUAGCAAAGUGAACCUGAGCAAGAUUACUUACCUAUAAAUAAUCACACACGGAUGCUGGUGUGAAUCAAAGUGCCAAAGAGUAGGUAAUAGAAGCCAAAAAAUAAGGAGGGUGGGAGCAGGGUAGUAGAAGCGGUGAAGAGUGUGGUAUAAGGUCCAAGGAGUUGAGUCUUCGAGCUGGGUGGUAGCUUCUUGAGCUCUCCUCUCCGAGUCUUCGGAGGUGGAGGGCAUUUUUCGGAUGGUAAACAGUUGUCUGGAAAUAGGGUUAAUCAGUUUAAAAGACGAAAAAAGAAAGAAGAAGAAAAAAAAA